AAUGAAAAAGCUUUCUAUUGCAAUAUAACUGCAGUUGCAAGGUGAGCAUCCAUAUUCAGUCUCUCUAACAAUGGCAACACUAACAGAUGAAGAAUGGGAAGCGUAUAAGAUGCAGUUUAAUAAGGCUUAUGCCGACGCCGAGGAAGAUGCCAUGCGUCGCAAAUUGGUGGACAAAAAUAAGCAAUUCGUUGAUGAACACAAUAAAAAGUUCCAGGCGGGCGAGACAACAUUUGAGUGUGGCCUAAAUCAUUUUUCUGAUCGUACGCCCGAAGAAAAUCAAAGAAGAUUUGGUCUUCGACCACCCAGAGAUUAAGGAUAAUUUUAGAAAUUGAAAUUAACCCUAAUUUUUACACUAAUCUAAAAUGUUUUAUAAGGUUUGAAAAUAAAAUUGCCAUUGAAAUCCUA